GAAGUCAUUUGGCUCCCGGGGUGUGCCACCUCUUCCUCCUUCCCAGUCCUCGUAUCAAUCCCACAUUUGUGAAACCCGUAACGUUGCUUCGUACCCGUACAUCCCACCCUCAGCUCAACACACAGCGAGGGAAGGUCACCGUGAACAUGGCUUGCUGUAUGGUCUUGUAAAUUGCAAGCAAGGCGGCUCUUCUGGUGUGCCUGUCCUGUCAGGGGCCGGCACCAGAGCAAUCGCCGUGACACCUCGCCAUCUCAUCGCUAUAAAUCGUAACAUCAGCGGAAACUUUGUAAUUAUUUGAGCUCAUUUAUCUGGCAGCUUCUCGAAGCCCGAGCACCCAAACCUCACAUUUGUCUGACUACUAUCAUGGCCGACACCCAGGGUUUGCCUGGUGGGUGGCCUAGCAUAGUGCCUUCGUACUUGUAUACCCCGGAAGAUGACCUCAGGGCGCUUACCAUGGCAGCAUCUUUCCAACCUGCGAGACGGGCAACCAACUCAUUGCUCGGUACAAGUGCUCCUCCACAGCACCCAGAUCCCACUGCUCAACCCUCCGAGCUCACGCCCACGCCAACGUACCUGAACACCUCGAUGCAAUGGACUAUGGCCCCCCUCGGCACGGAGUUCUCCCCCGGCGCGGUGCCGUACCUUGUUGAUCCAUGGAGGCCCAGACGCACUCUUCGCAGCACACACUUGCCAGUGGCCCCAGCGGCCAAAAUAUCAUCGCUAUCCCGGCACCCGGCAAAGCUAGACAGAGAGUGCACGACCAAAUCUCUCUUUCCCCUCCAACCAGGGCCAGCGGCAGCGGCAGCAGCACCCUCAAAGAAGCCAUUCCUGAGCCCCCCACCUCUCGCAUUUCCAUCAGUAGUGAUGGCUGUCUUCAUAGCAUCAAUCGGCGCCGGCCCAGGUACCGUUGCCCUUUUUCAAUCGUCUAAUAAUAAAAGAGACUCAUGAGAUCCGGUCGAAGCUGACUGGCCCCCUUUCUCUGACAGGAAUAGCAGCACAAGCAGCAGCGUAACCGGCAUCUGGUGUGACUGGAGGGAUUGUCCCAGCCG